CGAUGACGGUUAUGGUAUUGAGCCAUGCCUUAUGACUGCCUUCAGAAAUCCUACUCCAGGUGCAGAAAUAAAUUAUGAUAAGCUUUUAAAACAAGAAAGAGUUAUAAUUGAAUGCUGUUUCGGCCAACUGAAAUGCCGGUUUCCUAUCCUACAGUAUGUUUGCCGCGUAAAGUUGGAAAAUGUGCCGAAAAUAAGUAUUGCUUGUAUUAUUGUACUCCAUAAUGUUGCGAAGAGCUUGGACGAUCCUGACUUUGAGUUAGUUGAACAAGACCCAGAUGAAGAUGAAGGAAAUCAUGAGAAUGACAAACUUCCGCUCCGGCAACUAGUAAAAAUACGGAACUGUCUGGAGUACAACUGUCAGGUGAACGAACUCCAACGUCAACCACAAGCUGGAACAAGUCAGGACAUGUCGCUCAUGAUACAAAUACCAGACAACCCUUUACUUCUUCUUGGAGGAUAUCCUCGCGAGUAUAAGGUAAUCAUUAUGAAUAUGAAAACAAGGAUAUGCUUAUACUUCUACCUUUUUCUCCGAAGCAAAACCUUAUACCUUUACCUUAUGCUUCCGAGAUUAUGCUUCUCUUUUAUGAAUACGGCUCAAUAUCAAGCACGAGAGGCUGGGUCUUGCGAUAUACUGUGUUGUUAA